AUGUGCGGGGGCCGGAGAAUUAAUCCCCCACCAGAGCUCAGAAAAGGUCAAGUGAUAUUGAUCUCACAAUGCAAACGCGCGCUGUGUUGUCGGAAUCCAAUCUCCAAAGUUUGGGUCAGGUCGAACAUUUUUCAGGUCAGUUCGGGGCUCGUCGUUAGAUACAGUCUGGUGUGAUGCCUUUUUACAAGCUGCAACUCGUGGACCACGUGUGGAUGUGGCAGGUUCGUCGAGAUAGACUUCGCAGUUGGUGAUGAACGGACAGAGAGUGUGAAUUCACACUUCUCAGGGUUGUCAAUCCGCGGUGCGUAAAAUGCGCACACUGGGGUGGAGACUUCGUUGGAGAGGCAGCAGCACAGAUCGCAACAGAUCGCCACAGCACGACUCCCUGCAUCCACAGGUUGCUGCGCGGAUCUCUGCACCUCUCUGAGCAUCUUGGCAACCCAGACUGAAGAGUAGACACCCGGUGGACAUGAACUGAGAGCUGCGUUUGGCUGAGAGGUUUGGAUUGCGCAUACGCUCAGGAGCAGAAUGCCAAAUCCACAGCAUUUAAAGACUCCACUUUUCAGUUCCUGGCCAAUUCGAAUUGCAUUGCGCAGGACUUUUCUGUCGUAAAAAUAUAUAUCUCAACGUUUCUUCUGAGGACUGUGCGUUUUGUUCGAGACCACCAUGCCACAGGUCCCUUGCUGCAACUGCGCCGCGGUAAACACAGCAACAUAAUGGCAUGUCGGAACGGCUGCUGCUGCGGCUGGGGUCCAAUAAACGAGGAUAACGCGAGGUUCCUGCUGCUGGCGUUGUUCAUCAUCAUCUAUCUCUUCUGUGGCGCCGCGGUGUUCUGCGCGCUGGAGCAGCCGAAGGAGCGAGAGGCGAAGGAGCGCUGGGUGCAGAGGUUCGAGCAUUUCAGCCAGAAGUACAACCUGAGCAAGAAGGACCUCAACAACUUCCUCAGAAACUACGAGGAGGCGAACGUAGCCGGGAUCCGUGUGGACACGAUCAGACCUCGAUGGGACUUCACCGGCGCGUUUUACUUCGUGGGGACUGUGGUGUCAACCAUCGGGUUUGGAAUGACCACUCCUGCUACCAUUGGAGGAAAAGUCUUCCUGAUGUUCUACGGCCUGCUUGGCUGUGCCGCCACCAUCCUCUUCUUCAACCUCUUUCUGGAACGUGUCAUCACUGUUAUCGCUGUGGUCCUCAAGUCCUGUCACGAACGACGCCACAACAAGGCAAUACUUCCGCAAAACGGCCGGCAAGUCUCGGAGGAAAACAGGGCAGCCGGAGCCGCGGGCGGCAGAAGAGGAAAAGGUGAGGAUCUGGCUGGCUGGAAGCCUUCAGUCUACUGCGUCAUGCUCAUUCUGGGAGUGGCAGCCAUCUUGGUGUCCUGCUGCGCUUCCCUCAUGUACUCAGCAGCCGAGGGCUGGGGCUACCUGGACUCGCUAUACUUCUGUUUUGUGGCCUUCAGCACCAUCGGGUUUGGAGAUAUGGUGAGCAGCCAGCGGGUCGUCUACGAGGGCCACGCAACAGUGGCGUAUCGGCUGGGCAACUUCUUCUUCAUCCUGACCGGCGUCUGCUGCAUCUACUCUCUCUUUAACGUCAUCUCCAUCGUCAUCAAGCAGGUCCUCAACUGGUUGCUGAGGAGACUGGAAGCCCCCUGCCGCUGCUGCUUCCCUAGGAGGGGUCACCACCCGCACCGACACCCCAGAAGGAACGUGGUGGCCCCGGGUCACCUGCGCUCCCGCAGAGACCCCUCCAUCGAGACAGACGCCAUGAACGAGAGCGAGACUGACACUGGGCGCAGGAUGUCCGGGGAGAUGAUCUCCAUGAGGGAUUUCUUAGCAGCCAACAAGGUGAACCUGGCCAUUAUGCAGAAGCAGCUUUCGGAGAUGGCCAUCGGGCACCCACGCCAGUCCAGCUCCAGUUCACGUCAGAACGGAUUCUCAGGAGGGGUGGGCGCCCUUGGCAUCAUGAACAACCGGCUGGCGGAGACCAGUGUGGACAGAUAGAAGAAACAGAAUACAUUUUUUUUUCCAUAGGAUACAAAAGGCUGGGGGAAUCAGGAAGCACAAACCCAAGGACUGCCUCCCUGAAAGAAAAAACGAGUCGAGUACAAGACGGAAUUUAUUAUGACAAAUUAUAUCCUUCUCGUUGACAAGUAGGCCGACCCCCAGCAGCUACAGCUUAGAAUUAAACCAUCUCAGACCCACUUCCCCCCCAUUCAAGAACAUGACUCUAUGAAUGAUGCAUGAUAGGUUUGCUGAAGUCUCACAUCUGGAUCAGGCUCAGAGUGCCGGAACAUUCCCCUGUGAGGAAUUUAGUUUCCAUGGUGAUAAAAAAAAAAAAGUCUUUCCAGAUCCUGUGUAUCUACUCUUCAAAGACCCGACGCACACUACAUGCUACUUCACACAGAACCACAACUUCCACUCAUCUGCAGUACUUUACAACA